AGUAAGUGUAUAAAUACCCUCGAUAAAACCAUACAGCUUUAUUCCGCCUCUUCCAGUUCCCUCCGUUUCGACCCGACCGUACUAACUAGAUCCCGAGCAAAAAACACUCGCCAAUGUUCUCCGUCCACUCCCUUUGAUUUCUGGUAUCAAAUUAUUUGUAAUCGUAUUAGUCUGAGCAACCAACGUGUGCUGCCAUGGGAGACUACGAUGAUGCCUUCAUGCGGAAUCCCAACGCGGCGGUUCAGACUCGUACCAAGGCUCAGAAUCGUGCCAAUGUCCUUCAACUCAAACUGAUUGGACAGAGUCAUCCCACUGGUCUUACGACCAAUCUCCUGAAGCUCUUUGAGCCCCGACCGCCUUUGGAGUUCAAACCUCCACCGGAGAAAAGAAAAUGUCCACCAUUAACAGGGAUGGCGCAGUUUGUGAGUAAUUUUGCUGAACCUGAUGAUCCAGAAUAUUCUCCCCCUGUUCUAAAGGGUGAAACUCCGGCACAAAGGAGGGCUAGAAUUCACUUGCUGAGAAUUGAAAAGGGUGCGAAGAAAGCUGUUGAGGAGCUGCCAAAAUAUCUUGAACGUGAUGAUCCAAAUGUAACUGGUGAUCCAUACAAAACACUCUUUGUGGCUAGACUGAAUUAUGAGACAACUGAGAGCAGAAUCAAAAGAGAGUUUGAGUCUUAUGGGCCAAUCAAACGGGCCCGAUUGAUUACGGACAAAGUGACAGGUAAACCUAAAGGCUACGCAUUCAUUGAGUACACGCACAAAAGAGAUAUGAAAGCUGCAUAUAAGCAAGCUGAUGGUAGGAAGAUUGAUGGUAGAAGGGUACUUGUGGACGUCGAGCGAGGUAGAACAGUACCGAAUUGGCGUCCUCGAUGGCUGGGUGGCGGUCUUGGAACUACCAGAGUGGGAGGCGAAGAUAAUAACCAGAAGCAGUCUGGAAGGGAGCAACAGCAGUCUGGUGCACCAUCUCGAUCAGAGGAGCCUAGGGCUCGUGAAGAUCGCCAUGGAGAGCGAGAUAGGGAAAAGUCUUAUGAGAAGGGAAGAGACAGAGAAAGAGAGAGAGAGAAGUCUCAUGAACGUUCCCGUGAGAGAUCUAAGGAUCGUGAUGUCAAAGAAGAUAGGCAUCACAGAGAUCGUGAUAGGACUAGAGAUAGAGAUCGGGACAGAGAAAGGGACAAAGAGAGAGAUCGUGGCCAUGACCGCGAUAGAACACGUGAUCGAGGAAGGGAUCGAGGCCGUGACUAUGAGCGUGAUAGAGGUCGUGAUCGGGAUCGUCAUCGCGACAGAGAUAGGGAGAGGGAUCGGGAUCUUGAAGGGGGAUUUCCAGACCCUGAUCGUGGUCGCUCCCAUGAUAGGGAAUCUGAUUAUAAUCGGGAAUCAAAAUAUGAAAAGGAUAGACAUGGUGAUAGGGACAGAGAUAUUGAUCGUGCUGAAACAGAAGAUGAUCAUGGGUGGUAUGAUCAGCCUGAGUAUGGGCAUCGACACCCAGAUAAUGAUCCUGAUCACCAAAACUACAAUCACUUUGAACAUAACCGUAGUCGGGGACAAUAUGAUCACCCAGAAGACCAUCGUAACCAAGAUCGUUAUGAUCAGAAUGAUAGAAUGGAGGAUGAUUAACGUUAUGACCGUGGCGCUUCUGAAUCGCGCGAUAGAGAGACCCCGUGAUUUUAAUCAUGAAUUUAGGCGCAGUGAGAGAUCUCAUUCGAGAGAAUACGAGUUUCUCAUGCUGCAGUGUGUACCGCUGGUAAGUAUCUGCUCACUUUCUUCUCCUUUUCUUUAUAACUGAUAAAGCAGCCAGCUCUUCUCCCAUAUAUGUUCCCUAGUGUUCUUCCAGGAGGAGGUUGAGGUGAUAUCAAAUAUCACGAAAAAGUACUUUGUAGCUGCCGUGAUCGAUGUUGGAAUUGUCUUCUUUCUUCUGUUAAUUAACCUAAAGAUUCUGGAUGCCUGAUACUGUUUCUUCUUGGGAGUUUCAAUUAUUUCAGCUACUUUAUCAUGCAGAUUGUUGCUUAGUUUAUUUGUACUUCCCUAGAUUUUCUGUAUUAGUCUUUGACCGUGAUUUUUAAACUUCUACGAGCGUCAUAGAACAUUGAAUGCUUGAUUUGAUUGAACAUCGUUUUGGUG